AUGGAUUCGGACGAGGACUUCGUCUCGACUAUUUCGAGCGGGGAUGAUAUUAUGCAAGAUGACACCGACAAUGAUGACCUGUCGGGUGCCGAGGACUUCGAUGUAUUCGACGACGAACCCGAUGACGUGCCCGGUAUUCCUUCGCAAAAGUCCGAUAAGAAGAAGGGCGUGUCAUUUGACAUCAGCUACAAAGUAUACACACCGCACGACAUAGAGCAUCAACAAGAAGAAAUGAUCGACGAGGUUAACAUGAUCUUGGAAAUGAGUAAAGAGGAUGCUGCUAUUCUAUUGCGUCACUUCAGAUGGAAUAAGGAGCGCUUAAUCGAAGACUAUAUGGAUAACCCAACCAAGGUCCUGGAGGCAGCUGGUCUAGGCCCCAGCUCCUCCGCUCCGCCAAAAUUAGAGGUCAUACCAGGUUUUGCUUGUGAUAUAUGUUGCGAGGAUGAGGAAGGUCUUCUCAGUUUCGCUAUGAAAUGCGGCCAUCGCUACUGCGUCGAUUGCUACCGACAAUACCUUACGCAGAAGAUCCGCGAGGAGGGCGAGGCAGCCCGUAUUCAAUGUCCCGCCGAAGGUUGUCACCGUAUUAUCGAUGCGCGGUCCUUAGAUAUGCUAGUGACAACCGAACUUGCCGAUCGAUACCAAGAGUUACUCAACCGCACGUAUGUUGAGGAUAGAGAUGCCCUCAAAUGGUGUCCCGCUCCCGACUGCGAGAACGCGGUUGAAUGUGCUAUCAAGAAAAAGGACCUAGACAAGGUAGUACCGACGGUUGCCUGUGCCUGUGGCAACAGAUUCUGUUUUGGCUGCAUACUCAGUGAUCAUCAGCCAGCGCCUUGCGAGCUUGUUAAAAGGUGGCUAAAGAAGUGUGCAGAUGAUAGCGAAACUGCAAACUGGAUCUCUGCUAACACCAAAGAAUGCCCCAAAUGUAACUCCACAAUCGAAAAGAAUGGGGGUUGCAACCACAUGACAUGUCGAAAAUGCAAGCAUGAGUUUUGCUGGAUGUGCAUGGGCUUGUGGUCGGAGCAUGGCACGAGCUGGUACAAUUGUAACCGAUUUGAGGAGAAGAGCGGGACGGAAGCGCGCGAUGCUCAGGCAAAAUCACGGGUAUCUCUGGAGCGAUACCUACACUACUAUAAUCGGUACGCGAACCACGAGCAGUCGGCGCGUCUAGACAAAGACAUCUAUCAGAAAACGGAGAAGAAGAUGGUGCAAUUACAGACGGCAUCGGGCAUGUCGUGGAUCGAAGUACAAUACCUAAACUCGGCGUCGCAGGCGUUGCAGACGUGUCGGCAGACUCUAAAGUGGACUUACGCGUUCGCUUUCUACCUAGCCCGGAAUAACCUCACGGAGAUUUUCGAGGACAACCAGAAAGACCUUGAGCUUGCGGUUGAGGCGUUAUCAGAGAUGUUCGAGAAGCCCAUCUCUGACUUGUCGGCGCCCAAGCUCAAGGUUGAUAUUAUGGAUAAGACGGCUUACUGCAACCGUCGACGGGUUAUUCUGUUAGAGGACACAGCGGACAACUUAGCUAAUGGACGAUGGACUUUUAACGUAGACCUAAAGAGCAAUGCUCCAGGAGCGAGCGGGACCAGCUCUCGCGGAUAA